CUCUCUCUCUCUCUGUGCGUGUGUCUUUUACCCAUCAUCAGCCACGAACCGAUUCCUGCAUCACAGUCAUCACGCAAGGCGGCCGCGAAGGAGCGAAACGAAGCGGAUGCGAUGAUGCGAAAGUGGGAUCCCCUAAUUCCCCAUCCGCAUCACCAGCAUGUAAGCCCCCCCCCCCCCCCCCAAACCCCUGCUUCACGCGCUCGCAUCGCUCCGCGGGGGAAGAGGAAGAGGGAGAUGACGGCUGGCUGCCCUGUCACUCUGGCAGGCCUGGCCUGA